AUGGUGGCCCUUGCGCGAGAGCUGGACAUGCUGGAGGAGGGCCAACAAGGUCCAAAGGAGCUGGAGGUCGAGAUGAUUUCACCGCUCUCGAAAGUGUCUUUCAGGAACUUUUCGGUCGACCUGAGCGACCAGCCGGCGUCUCCCACACACGCCGCAACGGAGUUCCUACGCGGUGCGCUCGCCAAAACUCCGAUCGACCUAGAGGAGUUGUCUAUGGCACUGGAGCAAGCUAAAAGAGCUGACGUGGAUUCGAUGCUGCUGCUGCGGGGAGAGGACGUCUUCAUGGAGCUCAUCGAGAAGCAGGCGGCGGUGACGCGCCUGGCGACGGCGCUGCAGAACCGGAUGCUGAAGGACCUCCGCCAGGCGAUCGCCAAGGCAGAGACGAGCAAGAUCGGUCCGGACGAGUUUCCCGAUGCAAGUGGAUGCGGAAUCGUCAAGAGGGCGAAAGCCGUGGUGGAGCAGGAAGAGCUGGCAGCCAUGGAGGAGUUGCGGCGCUCGCUAAAUGCUGGCGUGCGACACCAAGCACCAAUCCUCACUUUCGAGCCCGGAAAUGUCGUGACACCCGAGGAAAGUGAGCGUGAGGAACUUCUCAGAUUCAACCAGGACUGGAUGGGCAAGUGGGAAGGACGAAGUGCUGCCAUUCUGAAGCCGGCGUCUACCGAAGAGGUCUCUGCUGUCCUGAGGUAUGCCAGUGAGAAGAACCUGGCAGUGGUACCUCAGGGCGGCAACACAGGCUUGGUUGGUGGUUCGGUCCCGGUGCACGACGAACUGGUUCUAUCCCUUCUGCGGAUGAACCAAGUGGAAGCGCUGGACACACGUUCCGGCAUCGUCACCGUGCAAGCAGGUUGCGUGCUGGAGCAGUUGGACCAGUAUCUCGCCAAGCACGACUUCAUGGUCCCCCUGGACCUUGGCGCGAAGGGAACCUGCACCAUCGGCGGGAAUGCGGCCACGAAUGCAGGGGGCCUCCGAUACUUGCGCUACGGCUCCCUUCGUGGCAACAUCCUUGGCUUGGAAGCCGUGCUCGCCGACGGCAAGGUGGUGAACUCGCUCUCAGCAUUGCGCAAGGACAACACGGGCUACGGGCUGCCACAGCUCUUCAUUGGGUCCGAGGGCACACUAGGCGUGAUUACCAAGCUCACAAUCCUGUGCCCUACGCGGCCAAAGGCCAUCAAUAUCGCCUUCUUUGCAUGCUCCGACUUUGAGAAUGUCCAGCGCACCUUCGCACUGGCGCGUCAGAACCUCGGCGAGGUGCUCUCUGCUGUAGAGUUCUGCGACCGAGCAGCGAUUGACUUCGUGCUGAAGCGGGAAGCUGGAACAGGGGUGCGCGACCCCUUGGAGGAGACGUAUCCCUUUUAUGCAGGGACCUGA